CGAGUGACGAGCCAGCCUGAUUCUGCCGCCAUCUUUUUUGAACCUUUCUUUUUCUCCUGCUUUUUUCCUCUUUUCCCUCCAUUCUACUCCCAUCCCCCCCCUUUAUAUCCUGAAUCAGGCAUUGGGACUCGUUCACUGCUGCAGUGGUCAGUCUCCACUUGAAGCCAGUCACUGUCCGGUCACCGUUACUUAUAAUCCGGCCUCUUCCACCUUUUUUAAACUUCCUCCCUUCCCACUCCCUUCUUCCAUCACGAUCAGUCGGGACAGACCUGUCGAAAACAACUGUCCCUUCUACAGCAGCUAUUCACAAGCCAUUCUAGUCUAGACACAUCCACAAUUAUCCCCCCCCCCGUGUCAACAGAGAGAGUCGCUCAUCGCCAUGGCUGCCAAAAGGCCCAACAUCCUUUACAUCAUGGCCGACCAGAUGGCCGCCCCGCUUCUGGCCUUCCAUGAUAAGGACUCCCCUAUCAAAACCCCCCAUCUGAACCAGCUGGCCGAAGAAGGAGUGGUGUUUGAUUCCGCCUACUGCAAUGCGCCGCUCUGCGCGCCCUCCCGUUUCGUCAUGGUGACCGGCCAACUCCCGUCCAAAAUCGGUGCGUACGACAACGCCUCCGACCUGCCCGCCGAUGUCCCAACCUACGCCCACUACCUGCGCCGCGAGGGGUAUCACACUGCAUUGGCGGGUAAGAUGCACUUCUGUGGCCCCGAUCAGCUGCACGGAUACGAACAGCGCUUGACUAGCGACAUCUACCCUGGCGAUUAUGGCUGGUCUGUCAACUGGGACGAACCCGAUAUCCGUCCCGAUUGGUACCACAACAUGUCGUCCGUCAUGGAGGCUGGCCCCGUCGUUCGCACGAACCAGCUCGACUUCGACGAGGAGGUGAUGUACAAGUCGACCCAGUACCUCUACGAUCAUGUGCGCCAGCGCGGCGACCAGCCUUUCUGUUUGACCGUGUCGAUGACCCAUCCACAUGACCCCUAUGCCAUGACCAAGGAAUACUGGGACUUGUAUGAGGAUGUCGACAUUCCCUUGCCCAAGCACGGCGCGAUUCCCCAGGAUCAGCAGGACCCACACUCCCAGCGGGUGCUCAAGUGCAUCGACCUGUGGGGCAAGGAAAUGCCGGAGGAGCGCAUCAAGGCCGCGCGCCGCGCUUACUAUGCCGCCUGCACCUAUGUGGACACCAAUGUGGGCAAGCUCCUGAAGGUGCUGGACAACUGCGGUUUGCGCGACGAUACUAUCGUGGUGUUUACGGGCGAUCACGGCGAUAUGUUGGGUGAGCGUGGCUUGUGGUACAAGAUGACGUGGUACGAGGGGUCGGCACGUGUGCCUAUGAUCAUGCAUGCGCCCAAGCGCUUCGCGGCUAAGCGGGUGUCGGAGAACGUGUCGACGAUGGAUCUGCUGCCGACGUUUGCGGACUUGGUGGGCGCGCCCUUGGUUCCUGGGUUGCCGUUGGACGGCGUCUCGCUGCUGCCACACUUGACGGGCGGGGACGGCGUCAAGACCGAUACCGUGUUGGGCGAGUACAUGGCAGAGGGCACUCAGUCUCCGACUGUUAUGAUCCGUCGCGGACAGUGGAAGUUUGUCUACUCACUGAUCGACCCGCCGAUGCUGUUCGACGUGGUCGCCGACCCGGAGGAGCGCGUCAAUUUGGUUGCGGGGCUGCCUGAUCCAUCUAAGCUAGUUGGUGUCAACGGCAAGGCGACAGGCUUGCCCACCCCGAAUGACUUCCCGCGUGUCUCGCGUGGCCCUGACGGCACCUCAUCCUUCCCCUUCCCGACCCCACCUCGCACCCCAAGCCCCUCCAAGCACUCUUCGGUGUUGCCGCAGACCAGCGACCCCGCCACGCUCCUGGCACACUUUGUCGAGGAAGUGCACACUCGCUGGAACCUAGAGCAGAUCCGCGAGGACGUCCUCCGCUCCCAGCGUCGUCGCCGACUGGUCUACUCCGCCUUGAUCAAGGGUGUGCCAUCGAUCUGGGACCACGAGCCCCGCAUUGACCCCAGCACCCAGUACGUGCGCAACCAGGGCAAGGGGGCGUUGGACGAUGUGGAGUUGAUUUCGCGGUGGCCGCGGGUGUUGCAGCAGGCGGCGAACGCUAUUGGGCGGGUGUAGGGGACGUUCUGUUCUUUUUUGAUUGGAUGAUAUGUCUAAAAGUGCCUGCUUCUGAUUUCUGCGUUGAGCGAGGCGCUAUACCCGACCUUUGCAUGAUAACAUCUGACAUAACAUUUGAUGAGUUCGUUAGCAUAUUCUCUAGCCGUUACUGUUUUGUUUCUGUCUGUUUGUCUGUCCUAUUGAUUGGGUUUUGUGGUGUGCAGCUUUGGGUGGUCAGGUGGCUGGCUGGCUGGCUGGCUGGCCCGGCGGGUGCACAUUGGACCCGGUGCAUGUGUACAAAGUUGGUUCUUGGUUUGUUUUGACUGUGAAUAAGACUGGACAUGAAACAUAUUCCUUUACGAGACUGGUGCAACUUUGGACCGGUCAGGUCAGUAGCAUCCGGAAGGGCAAUAGGGUAAGACCCAUCACAUAACUAUAAAUUGAUUCGGAUGCUGCAGUUAUAGGAGG